CAACAUAAUGUUUGUGGUCAUGAAAUGAAAAGUGGCAACAUUAUAAAAAAUAAGAAACCGCCGCUCGAGGAAAAAUGGUGGCUUUGUAUCAGUGAAAAUAAAUAAAUUGUUGUUUUCUUGGAAAAUUGUAUCAAUAUGGCUCGCAACAAAUCUCCCUCGGCUACAUCGGAUAAAGAUAAAAAGAAAUUGAAGGAGAAGGAAAAGGAUAAAAAGAAGAAGGACGCUUCAGGCUCGAGCAGCAGCAGCAGUGGCAGUUCAUCGGACAGUAGUUCUUCGCGGUCGUCGUCACGCUCGUCGUCCAGCAGCUCGGGCAGCUCCUCGCGCUCCUCCUCCUCCUCCAGCUCCUCCUCGAGCAGCACCAGCAACGACGAACGCUCCAGGGCCAAGAAGAAAACUUCUCCUCGAAAAAGUCCAGCCAAGGAUAGACGCGAGCCAGAAAGAGAAAAGGCAAGGGAUAGGUCUCCCAUAAGUGAUAAGAAGAAGCCAUCAGCACCCGCAUCAAAUGAUAAGGCUCGAAGCAAGGACAGACAUGACAGAUCUCCUGGGCGCAAGAAGCGUGAAAGAUCUCCGCCACCUCGUCCAACCAGGAUCCACAUAGGUCGGCUGACCCUCAACGUGACUAAGGACCACGUACAGGAGAUCUUCUCCACUUAUGGAACAGUGAAGAAUGUGGAGUUCCCGCCAGAGCGGCUGCACCCACACAAUGGGCGGGGGUAUGCCUAUGUGGAGUUUGCAAACCCAGACGAAGCUGAAAAUGCUAUGAAGCAUAUGGAUGGAGGUCAGAUCGACGGGCAGGAGAUCACGGCGGCGCCGGUGCUGAUCCCGUCGCGGCCGCGGCGCCCCUCCCCGCGCCCGCUGCCGCGCCACCCCCCGCCGAGACGACACUCGCCGCCCAGGUACCGCCGGCGCAGCCCGCCGCGGCGCCGCUCGCCGCCGCCGCCGCGCCGCCGCCGCUCCCGCUCCCGCUCCCCGCGCCCCGCCCCGCGCCGCCGCCGCUCCAGAUCCAAAAAUCCUGUUCCCCCUAAGAAAAUAAUAAAAGUUGAAAAGGAAUAAGCUUAAAAGCAGAAA